AUGGAUCACUCUCACCAUAUGCACAUGAACCAGGACCACUCAAAAAUGCAGCAUGAUCACUCUCACAUGAACCAUGGUGGCGGCAUGGAUAUGGCUCAAAGUUGUAACAUGAAUAUGCUCUUCACUUGGGAUACCUCGAACCUUUGCAUAAUCUUUCAUUGGUGGCACAUCCGGAGUCCCAUAACCCUCGCAUUUUCGUUACUAGGCGUUAUAGCAGUGACUGCUCUAUUUGAGGCUGUACGUGCGGGGAGUCGGAGGUUCGAACAGAUUGUAAAGGAAAGGAAAGCAAGUGUUCCAAGGCAACGAUUUAUCUUUCUACGUCGUCGCACACACACCAUCAAAGCACUUAUUUACGCUUUUCAAUCUUUCUAUGGCUUAAUGCUCAUGUUGGUAUUUAUGACUUACAAUGGCUGGGUUAUGAUGUGUAUGGCCUUUGGCGCAUUUUUGGGUUAUUUGAUAUUUGGUAGCGAAACCAGCGCUACUAAGGAUGGAGCUUGCCACUAG